AUGGCCCAGUUCAGCACCACGCAACUAUUCAUCGGCGUUGCAGGCGUCCUUGUAGUAGCCCUGCUCGUCUACAGAUUGUUCUUUUCCAAGUCGCAAUCCAAGGCCGGCCAUUCCCUCCCGCCCGGUCCUACGCCCAGAUUCUUGGUGGGAAAUCUACCCGACCUUCCUCCAGCUGGCGCCAAAGAAUGGCUCCACUGGCUCAAACACAAAGAGCUUUACGGCCCGAUCAGCUCCCUCACCGUUUUGGGCCAGACCAUGAUCAUCAUCAGCGAUCAGAAGGUCGCGGUUGACUUGAUGGAGAAGCGUUCCGCCUCUCACUCGUCUCGACCAAAGCCGGUGUUUGGGGCUGACAUGUGUGGAUGGAACCGGAUUCUAGGACUGAUGCCUUACUCGAACAAGAGUCGGGCUUACAGAAGAGCGCUACAUACUGUGCUUGGCACGUCCUCUGCCAUUGAUCCAUUCCGGCCACUCAUCGAGCUGGAAACACGGCGUUUCCUGCUCAGCGUGCUUGAGAAUCCUCAAGAAGUGCUGCACCUUAUCCGCACCCAGGCUGGGUCUAUUAUUCUGAAGAUCAGCUAUGGCUAUUCAAUUGAACCCAAGGGGCGCGAUCCGCUGGUGGAUCUUGCAGAGCGAUCCCUCGAUCAUUUCUCCAAAGCCUGCACGCCGGGAGCCUGGUUGGUGGAUGUGAUACCUGCGCUCAAGUAUCUACCUGACUGGCUUCCCGGUACUGAAUUCAAGCGUACCGCUCGGGAAUGGAAAGCGACUCUUGAUACCGUUUCGGAGCUCCCGUACAAGUUUGUGCAGCAAAAGCUUCGCGGCGGGGUGGCUGAGCCUUCGUACCUCUCCAAGCUCCUUCAAACUGAGGAUGGGUCACCUCUGUCGCCCGAGGCAGCAGACGUCGCGCAGUGGUCUUCGUUCUCUCUGUACGCAGGAGGCGCCGACACCACCGUGUCGUCUAUGGCGUGCUUCGUGCUGGCUAUGACGCUCAACCCCGAGGUCCAACGCAAAGCCCAAGCCGAAAUAGAUGCCGUGGUUGGCUCUUCUCGCCUGCCAACCUUUUCCGACCGCGAGUCCCUUCCAUACGUUGGCGCGCUCGUCAAGGAGGUCCUUCGUUGGCAUCCCGUGGGACCCAUGGGGGUGCCUCACCUGACGACCAAGGCCGACGUCUACGAAGACUAUUUCAUCCCCGAAGGCAGCGUCCUGAUCCCCAACAUCUGGGCCAUGCUGCACGACGAGAUCGUCUACCCGGAGCCCGACAAGUUCGACCCUUCGCGCUUUCUUGUUCCCAACCCACCCCCCGAGCCUCGCAACAUAGCCUUCGGAUUCGGCCGUCGCAUCUGCCCGGGCAAGCUGUUCGCGGAGGCGACUCUCUUUUCGUCUAUCUCUGCGUUCCUGGCCGUCUUCAACGUGCGCAAGUGCGUCGAGAAUGGGAAGGAGAUUGACCCCGUCGUGGACUUCGACACGGGCAUCAUCAGCCACCCGAAGCCGUUCAAAUGCGACAUCGUCCCGCGCUCGGCCAUCCACGAGAAGCUGAUCCGAUCUGUGGAGAUUGAGCACCCCACUCCAGAACAUGGCGACGCAAAAUACUUGGCCCACAGCGUCGCAGUGUAG